GUUUCAACUAAUAACUUAGUUGAUUGAAACAUCACGUUAUAGUGGAAGACGAUUUGUAAACUUAAGCAGAAUGAAUUAUUUUACCAGUCUCAUUUUCUCGGGAAUAGCAGCCUUAUGUCUGGCUGAUUAUACAGAAAAACAACUACAGACAUUAAAUUUUAUCGUUGGAAAAUGUGCUCAAGAACAGGACAUAGAGUUGAACAGUGAUUUUACGAAACAAUGGAUGUACACUGGACUCCUUUUCCCAGAUGAGGAGAUAUCGAAGAAAUUUGCCGUUUGUCUUAACCGCGCUAUAGGUAUAAUGGAUGCUGAUGGAACGAUUAAGCCCCAAGUCUUGGCUGACUUUCUGACCGAUGGUCAUGACGUUCAGAUAAUAACAGAACACAUUAGUAAAUGUAAUACGGGUGAGGGAGAUACCAUCGAAGAUAUAGGAUACAACUUCUACAAGUGUUACUGGGGUGAAAAGUCAUUCAAUUCGUACCUGUCCGUUACUGAGCCUUGAAAAUAAAAUCAUCCUUAAGGAGUAAGACAAUGUGUGCGUAAAAACAAAUUCCGGCGCUUUUUUUCCUGAUUUUAAUCAAUAAAUCUUCUAUAUGGUUGAAAAAUAAACCAAUCGAUCUGA